AACUUUCAGCUGAUAUUUCGCUUUUUAUUUUGUGUCAAUCCAAAAUUGUUUGUCAAACCAGCCGGAGGUAUUGGGAAUUCGCAUCUGCAGUUGGAAAAGUCGCAUUGUUUUAAAUAGUUUUUGUAGCUGCAGCUGCCUUUUGAUUGUUUUCAACAAUUCAAUAAAUUACUUAAAUAAGCAACAUGGAUUCAAGUGAAAGUAAUGCGGCUUCAAUAAGCGUGACUAAUGGAAAUGCAGAAAAUGCAACACCAAAAAUAAACAGCAACGGAUGCUGUAGAGAUGACGAUUCAUGGAAGGAGAUCAGCAUUGAAGUGCCUUGGGGUACAGUAGCCGGUAAAUGGUGGGGUCCACUCAAUCGCCAACCCGUCCUUGCACUCCACGGCUGGCAAGACAAUUCCGGCACUUUCGAUCGUCUUUGCCCACUACUGCCCGCGCACAUUCCCAUACUCUGCAUUGAUCUGCCUGGUCAUGGCAAGUCGUCACAUUAUCCCAAGGGUAUGCAGUAUUACGUAUUUUGGGAUGGUAUAUGUCUAAUACGUCGUAUAGUGCGUCGUUAUGGCUGGGAAAAGGUUACAUUAAUGGGGCAUUCCUUGGGCGGUGCACUGACAUUCAUGUACGCAGCUUGUUAUCCCAGUGAAGUGGAAAAACUGAUUAACAUUGAUAUAGCCGGUCCGACAGUGCGUAAUAUUGAACGAACUGCAGAAACCACAGGCUGGGCAUUAGAUAAAUUCUUAGACUACGAAACAUUACCGGAAAAUAAGCUACCAUGCUAUAGUUACGAAGAAAUGAUCAAAUUAGUUGUAGAUGCCUAUGAUGGUUCGGUAGAUGAAGCAUCGGCGAAGGUGCUAAUGAGACGCGGCAUGUUGGCAGCGCCGCCGGAAAUGAAAAAAGAUGGAUUUAGUUUUGCACGUGAUCUACGUUUAAAAAUCAGCUUACUUGGCAUGUUUACCGCGGAUCAAGUUAUGGCGUAUGCUAAGCAAAUACGUUGUAAAGUGCUCAAUAUACGCGCUGAUCCUGGUAUGAACUUCCAAAAUCCACAUGUCUAUACGGAUGUAAUUGAAAUAAUGCGUAAAAAUGCAGAGUUGGUGAUAUUCGAGAAAGUACCUGGUACGCAUCACUUGCAUUUGGUUACACCAGAGCGAGUGGCGCCAAUUAUUAGUAAUUUUAUAUUAAAAUCUUAAGUGACAAUUUGGCAGUUGGGAGGCUCUAAGCUACAUAACAUACACAUAUUAAAUAAUAAUUAAAAAAAUAUCUAUAUAUAUAUUUAUAAGAAAUUCAACCUAAACAAAUAGGAAGCUAUCGCAACAAAUAAGGCAUAUGUAAUAUGUAUGUAUACGUGUGUGUUUAACAAGUACGUUUUAAAUAUGUAAUUGCUCUAAGUGUGAAAACGAAACAAGUAUUAAAUAUAUGUACUUCAGAACGUAUUUUUAAAACUACGUUCACUCAAAUUGACAAAAACAAAUGGAUGUAAAGUACGCAACAAAAUGUAAUAUAUUUCAAAAAUAGUAAUUUACAAUAUAUAAAUCCAACAAACCCAUUAUUUUUACAACUGAGGGUGUUUGUCCCUAUAGUACGGAUACUAAGGCAUAGUUUAAAAUAUAUAAAUUGUAGCUGCGGGUAUACACUUCAAAAUUUCGUUUGCUGAAAAUUAUAUAAAACAUGUAUAUUUGAAAUGCUAGCGUAUAAUUAUAUUAAAAUACGAUGCUAAAUGAAUGAAAAAUUGCACCCUUAGGAAAUGCAUAAACAACUAAAAAAUAAAAAGACAAAAAGCAUCAUAAAAAA